AUGAGUUCAUUGGUGGAAGUGAAUAUGGUAAAUAAAGAGCGUAAGAGAGGCGAGCGAGUGGAGGUCGCCUGGUAUCGUACCGCGCUCAGCCCCGUCCGACUUGAGUUCUUCUUGAUCAUCGUCUACGUAACCGCUGCAGGUGAGCAGGUCACAAGGUCACGGCGAGCCUAUGAAAAGGCGAGAUCGGAGAGAGAAGAAGAAUCAUCGGAGAAUGGGACUGGGAAAAUUUUUUGGCAACUGAUCGAGUGGAUUUGCAAAGUCCGACGUCUUGAAGCGCAUGCUUAUUGCCUAAACACUCUAAACCUUUACACCACCGCCUUGCAGGGCAGCACCGAGGCGUGGUUAAACGAGGUAAAAAAGGAUUGUGCCAAAGAGGGAAGGGAGAGCGGUUCGGGAAAUGAAUUGAGAAGUCGAGAAGUCGAAGCUCGUGUUCAGGGUUGA